AUGCCACCUAUAAGUGGGCACGAGACCGAGGGGUGGAUUUAACCAUGGACAGUAUUUCUCAGGUUAUCCAUGACUGUGAGACGUGUGCUGCCAUCAAACAGGCCAAGCGGGUGAAGCCCCUGUGGUAUGGGGGACGGUGGUCCAAGUACAAGUAUGGGGAGGCCUGGCAGAUUGACUACAUCACACUGCCUCAAACCCGCCAAGGCAAGCGCUAUGUGCUCACAAUGGUGGAAGCCACCACCGGAUGGUUAGAAACCUACCCUGUGUCUCAUGCUACUGCCCGUAACACCAUCUUGGGCCUUGAAAAGCAGGUCCUUUGGAGGCAUGGUAACCCUGAGAGGAUUGAGUCAGACAAUGGGACUCAUUUUAAGAACAGCCUUAUCAACUCCUGGGCUAGGGAACAUGGCAUUGAGUGGGUGUACCAUAUCCCCUACCAUGCACCAGCUGCAGGCAAGGUAGAGAGGUACAAUGCACUGUUAAAAACCACCUUGAAAGCAUUGGCUGGGGGAUCUUUCAAAAACUGGGAGCAGCAUUUGGCACAGGCCACCUGUGUCUGCAGACUGAGGGAGUGAUCCCAUAGGACUAUCCUCCUUACCCAGGUACUGCACAUUAACUGGGAUGGACCCAGAGAAAAACUGGUAGUGGAUGGGAACAUGUGAUUCCAGGUGCCCACAGCAAAACAGCCCUGAAGACAAGAUGCCAGGAUGCUGACAGAACAAGCAUGGCUCAAGGGAUAAUGGAAUGAGCAGCUUCUGCCCAUCUGUUUCCACGCCUCAGACAACUCCUGGCCCUACUCCGAGACUCU